AUGGACCGUUACCGGGGACCUCGACGCUCUCCUCCUCCGCGCGACAGAGAUCGAGAUCGGGUGUACCGUGACAGGGAAAGAGAUGACCACCCUGAUGUCGAAUAUUUCGGCGAAGGUGAAAGUUAUCGACCUGGUGGCUCUGCUGGUGAUGGUCCUUACCGCCCACCCAACCGCGAACGACAUCCCACGGAUUCAUGGGGUGGAGAUCGACGAGACCCGAGAGACAUAAGGGAUCCAAGAGAACCUCGAAGAGAUGAAAGGAGAGAAGACAUCGACUCCUACAUCCCUGCGACUAGUACUCGCGCUGCACGACCACGCAGUCGUUCUCCUCCACCAUUCCGACGGAGAUCGAGAACGCCCCCCAACCGUGGAAGAGAGGAUCUAUUUCCUAGUAGAAGAUCUCCGCCACGCCGUUUCUCUCCACGACGAUCGCCUCCUCGACGAAGAUCAAGAUCUCUUGGUCCAAGACCUCGCAGUCCUCCAGACUCCAAACGAUUCCGAGAUUUCAGUCCCGACCCAUCCAGGCGUUCACCUAAGAGAGAACGAAGAUUAUCACCCGAUCGAAACAGAUUUGAUAGACCUCGAUCACCACCAAGGAGACCUUUUAGUCCAGACAGGGAUUCAUCAAGAGGAGGUGGCCCAUACAGACCCAGAUCUAAAAGUCCCCCUCGCAGAUUCGAUCGCAAGCUACAGGAUGAUAAUUGGAGGAGACGGUCACCCUCUCCCCGGAUUUCCGCUCCUGUCUCCAACACCACAUCCCGCAGAUCAUCUCCUCCGGUUCAUCCUGACCGAGCCAGCCUUGCAGGAUCCGGGCCACGCUCACCACCUCGUCAACCGGCUACUCAAUACGAACAUGCGGAGUCGACGAACUACCGCGGUAGGUCACCACCAACUGAACCUUUCCGAAACCGUGAAACCAGCACGACUGUCGACAAGCAAAAUGUGAAUGGAGAGAUUCAACCACCUUCAGGGCCUAGUAGCUACCGAAAUGGAACAUACGAUCGACCACCCCCAACUGGGCCUUCACGCAAUUUCAGUCAACCUCAAAGAUCCCCUCCUACUGGCCCUGCUUCUUUGUCACCAUCAAUACCCCACGCCCGAGGAGGCGCAGCUGGGAUUAAUGCUCCCACGCGACCUCGAGGUGUACCUAGUGGUCCGGCAAGAGACUUCACCAGCCCACCCAUGAGGGGUCGAGGCAGUCUUUCAUAUCGAGGUUCUGCUCCUUAUGGUCCAAGAGGGGGAAGUUAUGGGCGUGGAGAUUACGGUAGUACUCGUGGCGAUUAUGCGGGUGGACGUGGUGACUUUCCAGGAGGAUCUCGUGGUGACUUGUCCAGUGGUAACUACCGGAGCGCACCACCAGAGCGUGCCAGUUCUGGUAGCGCGGCAACUGGACAGCCCGACACAACCUUUGCUUUCCGAGGCAACAGCAGCAGUAGCAGCACCUUUCCACGUACUCAACGAUUCAACACAGUCCAACAACACCUUGCCACCACCGAGAAAAUCAUUCCAGGUGGUAAGCUUCUCCCAUCUGGCCUACCGCCCGACCAGGACAAGCGCAUCAAGAUGCUAGAGGCCGAAGCAGAACGAAUGCGCCGUGAAAUUACAGAGAAGCAACGCAUCAAGCGAGAAGUAUUGGCCGAGUGGGAGACACGAGAGCGAGAGAGCGAAAGAGAGAGACUACGCAGUGAGUAUGCGGACUCUCACCUGCAACAGCUUGUGGAGAGUGAUGAUGGGAUUGGCAGAGCGGCAUUCUAG